GUAAGCUAGGACAACGGCGAGCGGAAGGGUCGUAUAUUUUUUGGGGGGGAAAUACCUGCUAUUUUGAGUAUCGUGCCGUAGAUUAAUACAAUAUUAGUUGUUUGUAUAGUCAAAGUUUAAAUCCUUGAAGGCAGUUAAUUUAAUGCGCUUCUUUCCGCAAUGCGAGUCUCUGUUUACAUCGUUAAACAUGAGUUUCUGAAUAAUUGUAAUGAUUUUCUAUUUUGUAUACGCUCGAGAUUAGAAACAAGACUAUGAAUAUUAGUUGUCGAUAUGUCCCUCAGAAAAGAAACAUUUCAGUCCAAAGUACUGCAGAGACUGUACUCCAGCGAACAGAAGCGGACUGUGCUGCAACCUGCUGCUGCCCAGAAGCAGACCUCACUUGCUCCACCUGCAGAAAAACCUCAGGGCAUCCCACAACAGGAGCCAGGUAAUAAGAAAUGUUCAGCUGUACAGGGCAAGAAGCUCUAUUCUGUACUUCCUCCUCCUGAAGGCUACCUGAUUACCAGCGGGAAUGAAUCCGUCACACCAUCCAAUCCAGAUUCCAUUGGCUCUGAGGACAGCACAGCCGAUGCGGAUGACCAUACCUUACAUGCAAAGAGGAAGAGGAGGAGAAAGCAAAAGAAAAAGGCAAUUCCUGCUACUGCGAUUAAAAAUGCAAGGGAAAUAUCUGCCUCUCCAGCAGAGGGAGCUGUGGAGAGCCAGAAAGAUGCAAAGCCCAGUGAAAAAGAUGACAUCAGAUGCUUAGCAGAGAAGCUCAGCAAAAACAAAAGAAGGAAGAUGAAGAAGAAACGUCACAAAGAGAAGCUCUUCGCACUUGGGCUGGUUCCUCGUUCGAGAGCUCUUGAAUUUACUUACAAACAAAGCGAUGAUGGAGGAACAGAGGAAGAGUUAGAGGAGGUGCUGGAGUUCCUCCAAAACACUCAUGAAAUCUACCUCUCUGACCGCUCCCAAGCUGAGACUGGGCCUCCACUCUCUCUCUCUGCAGUGGAGUCUCUUUUCUCUCAUCUCUCAGGGGAGACCCUCCCUCCUACUGAGAUCACCAGGCUGUGCGGACUCCGAGCUCUGCUGGUAAAGGGUGAAGCGCAGUUAAUAUCAAAGCUACAAGAGUUCAGAGACACAAGCACACUACCUGCAGAUGAAGUUUCAGUUGUCUGUACACUUUUGGAGUAUUGGCUGUCAGAGAUUCUCCCCAUGCAAAGAAAGACGACAUGACACCUCUAAACUGAGCACCUGAAAGGAAAUGAAACUGUAAACAGCCAGCAGGUCUAUGUAAAUAACCCAGACAAACCUGCCGACUCCGAUUAUAAAAUCUAAUUAUGAAAGAGAACUUUAGUCAUGCUGUUCAGAUUUACCAUUAAGGAAUUCAAGAAACACUCGACAGUUCCGCUAACCCUAGAAUGAUACUUAACUUUAUUGCUUAUUAAAAAGAAAUUUUAAACUUU